AUGGAACAUACAGUCAGUGGUAUAAUAAAUGAUCGAGAUGUUUUCCAAUCUGAUGAUAAUAAUUUACUAAUUUGCGGUUCACCAAUUUUGCCAAAUACAUUACAUGAAAGCAUUUCAAGCAAUAUUGAAACCGAUAUAAAUUUGAAUCUUGAUAAAAAUUGUACUGGUCGUAGAAUUGUUGAUAUAUUUUAUAUUUUUCAACAAAUAAAAAAUGAUAUGCACGAUGGUGGAUUUGGGUGCUCUUUUAUGAACUCAGAGUUAGUUAAGGAGAUUCGUAAUGGAUAUUACUGUACAUGGAUAUUUAAAUGUUCAAUGUGUCUAAUAACCACCAAAAUCGAAUCAGAAAGAACCGGGACAUAUAUUCAAGUCAAUAAGGCAACUGUUACCGCCAGCAUUGGAAUUGGAAUUGGUUACUCUCAACUCAACGAGUUCUCAGCUAUUAUAGACGUUCCCUGUUUAUCAAGCAAUACGUAUGGUAAACUAUUUGAGCAAAUUAGUCAAAAUAUUGAACAGACUGCUUGGGAACAAAUGAGAUUGGCAGGAGUUGAGGAAAAACGUUUGGCAAUAGAAGCUGGGGAUAUUGAUUCAGAUGGUACACCGUUAUGUAUUGUUGUAGCUGACGGUCAAUGGGGAAAACGCAGUUAUAAAACAAAAUAUGAUGCGCUGUCUGGAGCUGCCACAAUCAUUGGUUUUCGUACAAACAAAAUACUGUUUGUAGGAAUAAGAAACCGUUAUUGCUGUUUGUGUGAAAGAGCACAUGCACUUAAAUUAACUGUCAGAGAUCAUAAAUGUUUUUUAAACUGGGAUAAAGCUUCGACUGGCAUGGAAGCUGAUGGUAUAGCCGAGGGGUUUGUAAGAAGUGUCGAAUUACAUGGUUUGAAGUUUAAUAGAUUAAUUGGUGAUGGAGACAGUAGUGUUUCGAAACGGUUGUUGGAAUUAGUUCCCUAUGGCUCUCAUCAAUUAGUUAAAAAAAUAGAAUGUCGUAACCACAUUUUAAGGAAUUACAGUACCAAAUUAUCAGCUCUAACAAAAAUUAUAAAAUAUCCGUCUUAUCUAAGACAUAUAAUUACGAAAAAUAUAACUAAAUUUAUCGCGGCUAUUCGAAAAGCUAUUCAAUAUCGUAAGAAGUUGGAUAUAAGUGAAGCAGAUAAAAUAAAAGGUCUGAAAAAGGAUAUUUUAAACUGUCCCUAUCAUAUUUUCGGCCAGCAUAAAAAUUGUGAUGUUUAUUUUUGUAAAACACCCAAGAAUAUUGAGAAUCAUGUACCAGCUACAGAGGAAUGUGGUAUGAUGCUGGAGAUUUUAUCUAUUUUGAGAAGAGUGGUAGAUAAUGCUGCUAGUCUUAUACUCGAUGUUACUAAUAAUCUGUGUGAACAAUUUAAUAGUAUCAUAAAUAAAUUCAUCGCAGGAAAGCGAAUAAACUUUUCAUUAAAACAAUCAUAUAAUACACGUAUUCAAGCUGCAAUUAUUUCAUAUAAUACCAAUGGAAAUUUUCUAAGGGCAAUUCAUAAAAAUGUUAUGGAGAAAAGUCCAGUUGUAACUUGUAACUGGAGUCUAUAA